GAAAAGUUGUUAGAAUAUUAAUGUCUACUCUUUAGCCAUUUUAUUAGUUUGCUGAACUUGCUCACCUUUCCUUUUCUAGCGAUCGAAUUCUAAAACUAAUCGAAAAUUUCCACAGCUUUUCUUCAAUUUUUUUCCACCAUUAAUAAUGGUAACCUCCUGUUUCAGCUUGGUCUCUCUCGCCGGCGGCCUCCUCCGCCGCUCCAUCGCGGCGGCUGGGCUCUCCUCCCAGACGGCGGACAUCGACGGCGACACCACCAUCCACUUCUGGGGCCCGCCCGCCGCCACCGCCAAGCCCAAGCUCAUCCUCGUCCACGGCUUCGGCCCCGCGAGCAUCUGGCAGUGGCGGCGCCAGGUAGCCUUCUUCGCCGGAGAAUACGACGUCUACAUCCCCGACCUCGUAUUCUUCGGCGAAUCCUUCACCAGAUCCCCCGCCCGUUCCGAGGUUUUCCAAGCCACCUGCUUGGCCAGACUGAUGGAAAACCUCGGAGUCACGAGGUACUCGGUCGUGGGGACGAGCUACGGCGGAUUCGUGGCGUACCGGAUGGCGGAGAUGUGGCCGGAGAGGGUGGAGAAGGUGGUGAUCGCGAGCUCCGCCGUGAACUUGCGGCGGAGCGACAACGCGCGGCUGAUGAAGCAAGCUGACGUGGACAAGAUCGAGGAUCUGUUGCUGCCCGUCACCGCCGCUCAGCUGCGGUUGUCGCUCCGAUUCGUCGUCUCCCGGCCUCCGCCUUACGUGCCCGAUUUCGUCCUCAACGAUUUUAUCGACAAAUUGUAUUCAGAAAACAGAAGAGAGAAGCUGGAGCUUUUGAAAGAGUUGAACAUUGGAAAAAAUGAUACUGUAACCUUAUCUCCUCUUUCACAGGAAGUGUUGAUUGUGUGGGGAGAAAAUGACCAAAUAUUUCUGCUGGAGAAAGCGGAGGAACUCAAGAAGUAUGUAUUCAUUCAAUAUUCACUAUCACAUUUAUUUUUAUUUCCACACGAAAACCAUAUAAAUAUAGUUCUAGUCGUCUCGAUAUUCAGAUAUCCCGCGAUCUUAACCCGUCUCCCUCUUCAAGCCAUCGCUUUUCUCAGAGCUUAACUCGACAAACCAUGCGUUCGGGCCUCGACCAAUCGGGCCAAAAUGUCUAGUUGAUUGGGCUAUACGAAUUUUGUCCACUAUAAAUACAUUCAUGUAUAAUCACGUAUGCAUCGAAUAUACAGUUAUCUAUAUAUUAUAUCUAAAAAAAUUAAACUCA